AUGCACUACAAGGAACUGGAUUCGCCCCCUGAGCUACAGAAAUACGUCGAUUGGGCAAAAGUCAAAUCGUGGCUAAGUCCUGCUUCUCCCAAUAUCAUGGCAGAGAAUAGUUCAUGGAGACCGGAGGGAUUCAAGUUGAUUGAUGUCACAACGAACCGACUGGUAACGCCCCCUGAGAGCUGCGAGUACUUUGUACUCAGCUAUGUAUUUGGAAAUGUCAAUGUGAAACAAUCCAAUUCAAACGAAAUCAACCCAGAUGAUUUACCAGCAACGAUUCGGGAUGCUAUAAUAGCGUGUGUGAGACUGGGUGGCCAAUAUUUAUGGAUUGAUCAGCUCUGCAUAGAUCAAAGCGAUCAACAGGAUCUUCAGGAGCAAAUUGAUUGCAUGGGUUCUAUAUACGAGCAUGCAUCUUGUACCUUGGUUGCUCUGGCUGGCACCAACUCUCUCUAUGGCCUACCGGGAGUCACAUCUCCCCGUAUCUGGAACCACCUCAGACUGGAGAUCGGCGAUGUUGUGCUCGCUGAAAAGAGGCCAUCCCUCGAAGAGUGUUUAAGUAAAUCUACGUGGUCAACACGAGGCUGGACCUUUCAAGAAGCCAUCUUCUCAUCGCAGCUCCUGUUCUUUACUGACUAUGGCGUUUAUUAUGUAUCCAACAAGGGGUGGGGAACUGGCGGGUGGUCGGAGUCGAGCCCAGAGCCAUCGGAAUGUUUCAACCUCCCAAAGGUCAACGAUGUUUUGGAAGCACAUCGCAUGUACAGUCGAAGAAAUCUCACAAAAGGCAGUGAUGCCAUUCGUGCAUUCACAGGCGUCUUGCAGAAGGCAUAUGGGUCCGCCAUCCAUUAUGGUCUCCCGAUCAACCAUAUUGACCAAGCAAUGUGUUGGAUUGCAGAUUCUGCAUAUUGGAAUGACACGGAGGAAUCCUCAAGGAGCAACUUUCCUUCCUGGUCAUGGGCUUCGCAUAACGGUAUUAUCAAGCACAACGAGGUCAAAGCUGGCCUGGCUGUGUGGGCGAUUCCUGGACGUGGAGACGAAGCAGAAAUUACCAUCUGCACUCCCGCCAAAGACAUUAACUGGGGCAAUAAUUACCCCAUAAAAGACUGGGGCAAUGGUCACCUGAUGAUUGACAGGGGCCAUAUUGCAUGGUCAAUGAUAUUAUGCGGGUUGGAGGGCUGCAUACCAAGAAAGCUUCCCUUCGAAAUCAGUCUCAGUUCGCCAGUUAAUGAGUAUCAAGAAGUCCUAAAAAGAUGGCCAACAUAUGAUGCGUUCUGGCGCGACGCUUAUGAAGGAUCUGAUAGUCUCCAUUACUUUCCAGGCAGAGAUAGACGGAUUGCAGCAUCUAACCCGGGUAGCAUCCUUGUGUACACUCAGACGGCGUGUUUCUUUUUGGACACGUCCCUAAGCUCGGAGCAAAGCCAUUUUCAUACUUUGAUUCGGGCAAGCGAUGGAAGCCUUGCUGGCAGUAUGCACCUCCCUGGCUAUAAUAGAAAUGUCAGGGUGCAUGCCCCACGAGAGUUCAUACUUCUUUCCGCAAAACAACAGAACCACUUCAUGCCCGAUGAAAUCGCUCGUUUCAUGAAACUCCAGCAGGAAUAUCUCGAUACCCUUGUGUAUCGGCAUCCCGAUGGGCGGGCGUAUCCACUUGCAGAGAGUCGGAAUGAAGCAUCCACUUAUCAACUGUUUACUUUACUCAACGUGAUGCUAAUUGAGAGAGAUCCGAAGACCAAUAUUGCCCGUCGGCUAGGAAUAGGGGAGGUAUUUCUCAAGAAAUGGGUGGCUGCACGUCCAGAGUUCAAGACGAUCAUUUUGCAAUAG